UCGUUUUGAAGAACGCAGUGCACUUGUAUCUUGUUUCAAGUUAUUUUGUACGUUUAUUUUUCACGUGUAUGAAGAAAUAUUAUUAUUAUGUUUGAGGUUACGAAUGAAAAUUUUAACACGAUAUAUCCACACUUGGAACGUACAUUGAAAAAUGCGAGUUUCAUAGCGAUUGAUACGGAAUUAACAGGUUUAAAUGUUGAUGAUGUCAAAAAUAGUUUGUUCGAUUCCAUUAACGAGCGCUAUGAGAAGCAGAGGAGUAGCAUUCAACCAUACAUAAUAAUUCAAUUUGGUAUCACUGCGUUUCAACGAAUUCAACAUGAAAAUCAGUACACGGCAGAAGCCUUCAAUUUCUUCCUGCUACCUCGAUCUAUUCCAUCAAAGAAUAGACAGUUUGUCUGGCAAGUCGCUGCAUUAGAAUUCCUGACUGCAUACGAGUUUGAUUUUAACAAGUUUGCUUAUAAUGGUAUUUCAUAUCUCAAUGAGGAUGACCAAGCAAUCUUGCAGCAACAAUUGGAGGAGAAUGUAUUGUUUCAUAAUGUGGAAAGAUCUAUGUCUUACAGAGAAGAAGACAGUCUCAAAGAUUAUAUCAAUCAAGUAUUCGAAUGGUUGAAUACAGCGAGUGAUGAGACAAACUCGUUGAAAAUUGACACUCCUACUCCAAUUUUGCAGUAUCUCACGCACAAAGAAUUAAGAAAUCGUUUCCCAAAUGUUUGGACUUUCUCAGGGAAUAAUAUGGUGACUGUUAUGAAAAUUCGACCAGAUUCGAGAGCAAUUUUAGAACAAGAAGAAGGCUCUAUAUUGGAAAAUGUAUUGCUCGAAUCAUACAUAGGUUUUUCAAAAGUGUUUAAGCUUUUGGUUACUUUGAAAAAACCUAUAGUAGCACAUAAUGCUUUGUUAGAUUUAAUGUUUAUGUAUCAACAGUUUUAUAAGCCAUUACCAAAAAAAUACACUAAUUUUAAGGAUAGCCUACAUCAAUUAUUUCCAACAAUUUACGACACAAAAUUUUUAAGCUUUGAAUUGAGAGAGCAUCUUUCAACAGAACAAAAAUGGAAAUUUAAUUCUUUAAGUGGUUUAGUUGAGUAUUUCACAGAAAAGCAAGGAAAAUAUUUAGCACUUGGAUCACCUAAUAUUAAUCUUACUUGCAAAAUAAAUUCAGAUAAAUCGAAUGUUGUACCUUCGACGAAAUAUCAUACUGCAGGAUGGGAUUCUUAUUUUGCUGGCUAUGUGUUUAUUCGACUAAUUCAUGUAUUUUCUGCAAAAUGUUAUGGACAGAGUUCAACAUUGAAGCAUUUUACACAUACAGAAUUAAUGAAUAAUGUAAAAAGUUUCGCAAAUUGCAUAAAUAUCAUCCGUGGCAGUACAUCACAUCUGAAACUUGAUGGACCUGAACCAGGAUCGACUCGACCUAAAUGGCUUUUUGUGAAAACGUUAGCAUCGAAGCCGAUAACCGCCAUGCAGAUAGCUGAAAAAAUGUCGAGUUUUGGUGCGGUUGACAUAAAACAAUGCACAUCGAAGCGCAUGUUAGUUGCAGUAGCAAAUCAUGGAAGCGCACGGGACAUAUUGCGACACUUCCAACAAAACAAGGAGCUAUAUGUUGUCCCUUACAACCCGAUACGGCAUUCAGUUACGGUCCAACUCGCCCUGUGGGGCAGUAUAGCCGUUUCCAGCGGGCUCUUAACUUGGCUGCUGCAUCAGAAGCUGCAGAGAAGCUCUUAGAUAGUCUACCUAAAUCUGAAAAAAAAAAAAAGAUUGAGAACAAUAAUAGAAGGUAUAUCCUUAGUUUAAAUUUUUAUAAGUUUAAAAACUGUCCUAAUAAAUUUAAGAAAAGAACACAAGCUUUAAAAUACAAAGGUAUGUAUGUAAGAAACGUUUUUGAUAUAAUAAUAGAAGGCGAAGUACUUUGACAAUUUUGUCCUUCGUUUUUUGUUUAAUCCUUAAAGAGAUUCGUUGAA